AUGGGAGAAACUAGCGAAAAAGGGAACAAAAUAGACGAAGCUGACGACUAUAAGGGGAGCAAAAAAGGCGAAAACAAUCUCCAAGUCAAUGACUCAUUGUACGAUGAAUUAUUUUCUCUUAUUACCAUGGACAAUGACAUUGUAAAAAAGGAAAGUUUUAAAAUAUUAUUAAGUCUGAUAGAAGAGAAAAGUUUAGUUAAUUACAUCAAAAAGAACAACCAGAAAUGCAUGAAGGUUUUUAUUUCUGCGUUAAGUUACAAGUUCGAACUGUUAGCUCUCCAAUGUCUUCUGAAUUUAUCUGCUCAAAUACCAAUGGAACUAAUAGAGAGAAACAUUAUCGAAGUAAUAUUUGAUAUUAUAAGAGAAGAAGAACAAGAUAAGGAGAAAGAUACAAAUCUAAUUGAGAUAUACAUCAUGAUAUUAGCAAAUUUAUCGAGAGAAAAAACAGGGAUAUACAAAAUUUUGGAUUUAACAGGAAAUAACGAAGAUGAAGAAAGAAAUGAAGAAGAGUUGGCUGUUAGUUAUUACUUAAACAAAUUAUUACAUUUUUUUUUUCUACCAAUUAAAGCAUCACUUAGUAGAAAUCUAGAUGAUAAGUAUUUGUUCAUCUCGCACAUUUUAAUCAAUGUAACAUCAAUAAAAGAAUGUGCUCCAUUUUUUAAAAGCAUACCUCUAUUGAAUAAACUAAGUAAUCAAAUUCUUGUGGUUGAAAGAUUUAAAGCUAUACUACCUUGCAUAAUUAACCUAUGUCAAAAUGAGACAUUAUAUGAAUUUGUUUUCCAUGAGGAUUGCAACAUGAUGCCUUUCUUACUCUCCUACGUAUAUACAAAUGACAGUUAUGCUUUAAGUAACAGUUUAAUUUAUAUUCCCCCAGUAGUUAACGACAAGGAGGACAAAGACGCCAUCCAUCAUCUUAUCGUGCAAAAAGCGACAAUAUUAAUUAGUUGUACAAGGAUAAAGAGCAGGAUUAUAAUUCUUUUAUGGAAUCUCUACAAGAGAAAAAAAGCUAGAGAAAUAGCAAACCAAGAAUUAAGAAAAGAUAUCCGUCACCAAAUCGUUCAGAUAAUUAAUGUGAUUAUCGAAUGCAUACUGCAUGUACACAUCUAUUUCGUGUGA